AUGGCUAAACGUCCAACUCUAGCACAAAUGGAAACCUUAGUUGAAUUUUUAGAACAAAACGUCGGAAUUGCGAAAGGUCUGCUACGGACAAAUCAAGCAAAAAUGGAAAUAAAGAGGCAAUGGGCAUCUGUAGCUAUAACUUUAAAUUCAUUGGGAGGAGCAAACAAAGAUGGGCAAGGUUGGGCUAAAUAUUGGGCAGAGAAGAAAUGUGCCUUGAAAAAAUUGUGUGCUCAGCACAGCAAAUCCAUGAGACGCGCUGGUGGUGGUUCCUCUGAUGACCUGCCCAUGUUAUCAGAGUUGGACAAGAGAUUGGUGGCAGUUAUGGGUGGUCAAGAGUUUGCUGUUAGAGAUUCUCAACUUGCAGUUGAUCCUUUUCACCACACGGAACAUCAAAUGACACAAUCAGUCCCUGCGGCUUCACAAGCAGAAAAUGUAAAUUUAGAUUUAGAAAAUCAAGCAGCAGUGAUAGGAAGUUGUACUUCCCCUAUUCCUGGCACCUCCCAGGAUACACCACAAUCACCUCCGCGUAAAAAAUCAAAACUUAAAUCCAUUCCACAUGUCAGGCAUCGUUCUGCCACAAGAAAUAAUAAAGACAUGGAACGGCUGGUACAAAUUGGGGAGCAGCGUGUCAGGGCAGAAAAUAUAACCGCACAAGCAUUGGCCGAUGUUUCUGCUGCAUUAGAACGAAAUGUACAAAUUCAGGAGCAACGUGUCAAAACAGAAACUAUAACUGCACAAGCUUUUGCAGAUGUUUCUGCGGCAUUAGAUCGUAAUGCUGUUGCUGUUGCAAAUAUAGGCAGAGCCUUGGAGGGUUUAUCUGCUGUCAUCAACAAUGCUAUUAUAGAAUUUGCAAAAAAAAAUGCAAUGACAACAAAUAGCAUUUCUAGGUAA